AUCACGAAGCUUUACGAACCGUACAACCCGCGCGCAGCAUAAUCAUGUCGUCCGAAGUAUCAUCCACCUGGAAUGUUGUCUUGUAUCUGCUUGCCAUGUGAGUCUCGACGCCGUACGUGCAGCGCAUGUCCAGUUCUGACACGCUGUCUAGUUUCAUCCCACCCCUCUCUGUCUUCUUGAGUGAGUACUGUUCCGUAGUCCAUGCGCGAUCCCAUUGAUCUCACUGCAUAACGCAGAACGCGGGCUCUUGGCAGGUCUGUCUUCCUCAAUUCUUGGGUCUUUCUAGUUCUCAAGGUCAUCCGACUCGGCCUCUUUAGACUUCUGGAUCAACCUCUGUCUGACAAUCCUUGGAUGGAUCCCUGGUGUCAUCCACGCCUGGUACGUUCGGUCGCCGAGGUGUAUGAUCCAGAAUUGACUUCAUCACUAUGAUCGGCAGGUAUGUGAUCUCGAAGAACGAGGUCACUCACACAGAAGCGAAACUCUGAGCUCGGGUCUCCCACAAUGGCAGUUAUAUGGCUGCUAUCCAAAUUUGCCCCGUAUAUUCGAUGGACCCGACUACAUUAAUAUGUACUUUUAAUUAACAGUUCUAAAGCUGAUCAGAUGGAUGCACACAAUUUUGGUCAGCAGUAAGUCCCACGGGAGAAAAGAUGUGGAACAUCGCAGGGCAUUCAUCGAUCUACAUAAUUCAGAAUUGAAUAAAAUGUCUGAUAAAAUCUCCGGAACAGGGAAUCGAACCCUGAGCUAUCGCGUGGAAGUUGACAAGCGGAUACAUUCGCAGCUCGCAAUGAGAGGCGAUAAUGUUAGCCAUUACACCAUUCCGGAUAUCGGGCCGGGCAUGAACAAAGUCACCAUGCCGUCAUGGAUCCCAGACGUCAUUUGCUCGCACCCCAAUCAGGCCAGUUAUGACCGAUUGUCACGUGCAAACCUUCCGGUCCAUUAGAACGGCUCCUUCACUAGCGCUGUUAAACGUAUCUCAUGAGACUGUCUCCGGCAAGGGGUCUCCCGUUACGCAUCUCUGAAAAUCUCACCUAUGUCGCUGGUCCCAUGAUGGUCGACGUCCAGUCAAUCGAACGAAGUCGAGCGCUGUGAACGUCGCUGAGGUCACUAAGGAUGGCAGAGAGACGAAAACCGAUGUCAUUGGAAAUGCCGUGAGGGAUUCGUUCUGACAGACAUGCCCCCAACAUAUCCUACCCUCAUUCAAGUCACCUCACGGCAGUGCUUGUACUGCCUCUGUAGCGACUGACGUAUACCAACUUAAGACUUCAAGCAGCUGUGCCUCAAGCUAACAGCCAUCCCUUCAUUCUCCCUCCAUGUUGCCUCUUCAUGCUCAAGCUCUCGUUGGGGCCCCUGCCGCCACCAAAAUCCGGCUUUCCCUCCUCGCCAGCGCGAUGUGCGACGCCCUGGGCGGACCAGCCGAGUUCUACGCCCGGUUUUCCUUCCCAUUUAUCGCGCACAUGGAGCCCAACGACAACUUUCACCUGCCGCCCGGUGUGUGGACGGACGAUACCAGCAUGGCCCUCGCGCUCGCACGUUCAAUCGCCACCAGCGCCUACGGGUUCGACGAAGCUGAUCAGUUGGACGCGUACUUUCGGUGGUGGGACGCAGGCGAGUUGAGCGCAACGGGGGUGUGCUUCGACAUCGGGAAUACGAUCCAGCGGGCGUUGGUUUUGUACAUGCAGGAGUUAGGCAGCAUGGGGCAAGAGCACGGCGGCAUUCCGAGUCAGCAAGCAGGGGAAUCGAUGAGAGACUCUUCUCCAAGCGGCCGGAUGAAGUGCGCCCAGGCGGCACUGCGGAAGAUCGCUAGGGAUCUCAAGGCUCCCGUAUUUGGUGGGAAUGGAUCUCUUAUGCGUGUUCUCCCAGUCGGUUUGGCUUACUGGCGCUCGGAUCUGUUGGAAGUGGCGGAUUUGGCGAAGCGCAGCAGCGUCACGACGCAUCCCAACCCAGUCUGUGCCGAAGCUUGCGCUGUCUGGUCCCAAUGCAUCGCGUUGGUAAUGCAGAACGCCACUGUGGAGAAUGGGAUGAUGACCAAACUCGACGUGCUCCACCACUUUGCAUCGUUUAAAUACAGCACCCCUGCUCUUGAGCAGGCUCUCAGUUCAAUACCACCUCCUGCUUCCGAGUCCAGGGCUCCCGCCGAUCUAGAAGCACAUUACAAGAUGCAUCAUCCCAUCGCUCGCCUCGCGGAAGAGAUGCAGCAGGCGGCAGCGGAGUGCGGACCGGCCUCUGUCGAUCUCAAAAGUCAGAUACUUGCGAUUCUCCCGGAACCGUCGGUGCUUCCCUCUUCUGGAUACGUCGUGCACACACUCUGUGCAGCGCUCUACGCCUUCCUGGCCACAUCCACGUUCGAGUCUGGGGCGUUGCUUGUGACGAAUAUGGGGGACGAUGCAGAUACCGUCGCCGCUGUCUACGGUGGCCUUGCUGGGGUCUGGUACGCUUCAGAUGGAGAUCAUACGGAUGGACUAUUCUGGACUCCUCUGGUGCGCGAAUGGAUGGAUGUUCUGGUCAAGAAGGAUCUCUUGGAGACGGUGGCAGAAGAGCUUAUCCAGUUCCAAAACUGAGAGAUUUGUGUCCAUUGAUCUGUGUUCCAGAACUUUCAUACUUGCGGUCUUGUGCAAAUGCUAAGCAGCUCAUGGUGUUAUGACAGCAUUUCGCCCACCUGAUUACCUGCUUAACGAUCCCAUGGAAACUCCUAUCUAAACGCUUGACUCUUGCCCUUCGCGGGUCAACAAGUUCUGAGACCCAAAUAGGGGAGACAGUACAUAAACCGCGGACGAAUCUGGUAUCAUCUCCCAUCCUGUUUGACCUGAACCAUUAUCAUGGGCUUCUCUACCUCAUCUACUUCUUCCUCCUCUUCGUCAAGGGCUUGGAUGGCCAUGCCUGGGGCCUUUUCCCGAUCUUCCACUCCCAUGGACGAUGUGCUGUCUCGAAAGUCAUCCGUUGAAUCCGCACCCUCACUGUCCUCGGCAUCCUCGUCGGAAGAGUCGCAAUGUUCGUCUGUGAACCCCAGAAGGUGGUCGACGGCUACGAGCAUCUCGUCAAUCUCGGACGACAAAGUUGCGGUCAAGCCCAUACCAUUGACGAACAUCCUUCCAACGCACGAGAUCGUCACUCCCAUCUCCUUCGAGCGUGAUGUUGUGUUGACGGAUGAACAAUGUAUGCGCUUCGUCUCGCUGCCGUCUGUGACUCCGCGGGUUUAUCGAAUGUCUUCAGUGAAUAACCCGCCGAGCCUUUACACUGAACGCGAGAUAGUUCUCACGGAUGAGCAAUUCAAACGUCCACCAACUUUGCGAGCGGCCAAGAGAAAGCAUCAGUCCAAGUCGGCUCGAGUGAGGCAUCAUUUAUCCUCCCUCGCCCGACCAAUGUCGCCAUUCCAUGCAACCGGCAAGUCUGCGUUCAAGGCCCCUGCUCUUGUCGACCCAUCUACGCUCACGCGGCACACGACUCCCGUGCACGAACUCAUCGAUACGGAUCAGGGAGUGCUGCCGAAAGGACCCGCGCCCGCUGUUCUCUCAGCGCGGUCUGCGAGGCAAGCCAGAAGCAGGACCGGAACAGAAGGCGUAGAAUCAGGCGGCGUUCUAUGUGAAGGCUGGUGAUGCGCCCUAGACAAUCUACCAUCUUAUAACGCUGCUCUGUUUUUCGAAAUAGAAUUAGAAGUGUUAGACUGAAAUCAGAAACUACAACCUUUCAGAAACUGCAAACUCAA